CUCUUUCCGGCCUCCGGCAGCCCCAGCCGCAGCGGAAAGCGAGGGGCCUCAGCGCAUGCGCAGUGAGGUUCCACGUGAGCGCCCGCGUUCCUUCUCAAACCCAAGGAUGCCGCCGGAACCGAGGAGCCGAGCGAGACCGGACAGGAGAGCCGGAGUGAGACCGGGCCGGAAGACCCAAGUGAAGCCGGGCCGGAGAGCUGGACUGGGGCGGGCUGGGCCGCCCCGAAAGGCUGCUGCUUCAUCCCAGCGGCAACCGCCGGCCCCGCCGGGAGCAGCGGCCGCUGCGAUAGCAAUCGCGGCGGAGGAGGAGAGACGGCUCCGGCAGCGGAAUCGCUUGAGGCUGGAGGAGGACAAGCCGGCCGUGGAGCAGUGCUUGGAGGAGCUGGUCUUCGGCGAUGUGUUGGACGACGAGGACGCGCUGCUGCGGCGUCUGCGGGGCCCGCGGGUUCAAGUACAGGAAGACUCAGGCGACUCGGAAGUGGAGAAUGAAGCAAAAGAUAAUUUUCCACCUCAAAAGAAGCCAGUUUGGCUGGAUGAAGAAGAUGAAGAUGAGGAGAUGGUCGACAUGAUGAACAACCGUUUUCGGAAAGAUAUGAUGAAAAAUGCCAGCGAAAGUAAACUUUCCAAAGAUGAGCUUCAAAAGAGACUUAAAGAAGAAUUCCAGCAUGCCAUGGGGGGUGUGCCUGCCUGGGCAGAGACCAGUAGGCGGAAAACAUCUUCAGAUGAUGAAAGUGAAGAGGAUGAAGAUGAUUUGUUGCAAAGGACUGGGAAUUUCAUAGCCACAUCAACCUCUCUUCCUAAAGGAAUCUUGAAGAUGAAGAACUGCCAACAUGCUAAUGCUGAACGUCCUACUACUGCUGAGAUCUCAUCUGUGCAGUUCCAUCCUCGUGCACAGGUUGUGAUGGUCGCGGGACUAGAUAACGCCAUAUCGCUGUUUCAGGUUGAUGGAAAAACAAAUCCUAAAAUUCAGAGCAUCUAUUUGGAAAAGUUUCCAAUCUUUAAGGCUCGUUUUAGUGCUAAUGGAGAAGAAGUUUUAGCCACGAGUACUCACAGCAGGGUGCUUUAUGUCUAUGAUAUGCUGGCUGGAAAGCUAAUUCCUGUGCAUCAAGUAAGAGGCUUGAAGGAGAAGAUAGUGAGGCGCUUCGAAGUCUCCCCGGAUGGGUCCUUCCUGCUUAUAAAUGGUGUUGCUGGAUAUUUUCAUUUGCUGUCAAUGAAGACUAAGGAACUGAUAGGCAGUAUGAAAAUUAAUGGAAGGAUUGCAGCAUCCACGUUCACUUCAGAUAGUAAGAAAGUAUAUGCCUCUUCAGCGGAUGGGGAAGUUUAUGUUUGGGAUGUGAACUCUAGGAAGUGUCUUAACAGAUUUGUUGAUGAAGGCAGUUUAUAUGGCUUAAGCAUUGCCACAUCUAGAAAUGGACAGUAUGUGGCUUGUGGUUCUAAUUGUGGAGUGGUAAACAUAUACAAUCAAGAGUCUUGUCUCCAAGAAACAAACCCAAAGCCGAUUAAAGCUAUAAUGAACUUAGUAACAGGUGUUACUUCUCUGACUUUCAAUCCUACUACAGAAAUCUUGGCCAUUGCUUCAGAAAAAAUGAAAGAAGCAGUCAGAUUGGUCCACCUUCCUUCCUGUACAGUGUUUUCAAACUUCCCAGUUGCUAAAAAGAAGAAUAUUUCUCUUGUUCAUACCAUGGAUUUUUCUCCCAGAAGUGGGUACUUUGCCUUGGGGAAUGAAAAAGGCAAGGCCCUGAUGUAUAGGUUGCAUCAUUACUCAGACUUUUAAAGAGAUUAUUUGAAAUCCAUUUGAGCCCAAAGGAAGCCUGUCCUGAUGAAUUUUCUCAGAAACUUUCCUGAAUGUAUGAUAAUAUAUGGACAAUGAUGUAUUGUGCCAACUGUGCUUAUUUAGGUUAAUAGGAUUUUUAAAAAAAAUUUUUUGACCACGUCAGCAGCAUGCAGAAAUUCCCAAGCCAAGGAUCAAACCCGUGUCACAGCUCUAACUAGAGCCACAGCAGUGACAGCAUUGGAUCCUUAACCCACUGAGCAGUGAGGGAACUCCAACAAAUGUUUUAAUAAACCCAUAACUUCUGUUUGAAAA